GUCAACCUGGAUUUUGUAAUAUGCCAAAAUCAACAAGGUCCUCCAAAGAGGAUAGUAGUACCAGUAAGACGAAGUCUGAAUAUGAGUAUGACCCCAACAAUGGUUUCGAUCUUGUUGAGUAUGAGAAAAAGAGGAAAGGCAUUUAUCUGAUCGGUUGUCGGUACGAUGUAGUUUUACGAGUCGCAAUGGAGUUCCAUUUCAAAAUUGUGAAUGAAAACGAACCGUGGGCCAUGUGCUGGAGUGACCUUCCACUUUUGCCAGAUAAGAUUGCCGAAUUAAAGAGGAAACAGUUGGUGGGUGGACCAAACUCGCCUGUCGUACAGAAGUUCAAUCAUUUCCCAGCAAUGUACGAAAUAUGUCGGAAGGAUCGCCUGGGUCGAAAUCUUAACCGUUUUAAACGAGUCUUUCCUCAGGACUACAAUUUUUUCCCGUUAACCUGGGAUCUGCCGUCAGACAUCAGUGAAGUGACCGAGUACUGGAAGAAGCACAGGAACACGAUUUUCAUUAUAAAACCGGACGCAGGAAGUCAAGGGAAAGGAAUCUUUCUGCUGAAGAAUAUCAAACUUUUGUGCUCUUAUGUGAAAUGUGUGUGUCAGCAGUAUAUUUCGCAGCCACUUCUCUUGGACGGAUUUAAGUUUGACUUGAGGAUUUAUGUUCUUGUCUCGUGUGUCGACCCGUUAAGAAUUUAUAUUUAUCGUGGUGGAAUUGCGAGAUUUGCCACAGUGAAGUACGAAAUGCCAUGCGACGCCAAUCUGGAAGUGGCUUAUAUGCACUUGACAAACUACAAUAUCAAUAAAUUUAGCGAUGAUUUUUGCGAUGAUAUUGGCGGUGGUACUAAAAGGCCAUUGACUGAAGUUUAUAGUCAAAUGUGCGAUCUUGGAUACAACGUUAAGCAACUCCAGGACGAUAUUGAUGAAAUUGUCAUAAAAACAAUCGUAAUGGUCACCCCGUCUCUGCGACAUAAUUACAGAGCGACUUUCCCCAAACGGGACAGAGGUUGCUAUUGCUAUGAACUUUUAGGAUUUGACAUUCUGGUUGAUCGUGAUCUAAAACCUUCACUGAUUGAGGUGAAUUCUUCGCCCAGCUACAAUCUGGACACUCCGGCCGACAAUGUUAUAAAAUUUAACCUGGUGCGUGACCUUUUCAGCAUGAUUUACUUCAGCAAAGACUCUAUGCCACCCGGUCAUUUGUGGAAGAGCAAGUUAGGCGCUCAGGACAAGUUCAACAUUCAGCGAAAACCAGGCACCGCUUUUGCAUCUUCAAUUCCUGACGCUUUAAAAGAUCAGUUUGUUCACGAGGAGAGGAAUCAGAACAACUUUCGACUAAUAUUUACGGAAGAGGAUCCUGGAAAGUAUUCGAGAUUUAUUGAUCAAGAAUAUUUCAUAAUGGAUGAUGACGACGAAGAUAGGAGAUUCUUCAAGAAAAAAUCGGACGCGUCCAUGUCCAUGUAUUCCGGGUGUUCCGAAUCUUUUCACCACGAAGCUGGAAAAAUGCCUUCACCGUUUCGACAUAACCCGAUAUUUGGGAGUCGACUGAACAAUUUAUUCAAGUUCAAGAAUAAUUAUUCCCAUUUUACGGAAAGGACAAAGACAUUAUUAUUUAGACCGCAGAUAGGACAAGCUAUAAGCAGGACGUCGACUGAGUUGAAUAGAACAGCAAGUUGGGAGAGUAGAAGCAGCAUCGUGUCAACUCCUUCCUUAAACACUGAUAUCGGGAAACCUCCCCAAGUACCACGAUCUCCCCCAAACCCUAGGAAAUUUACUCUCGUCAAUGUCCAGUCUUUAGAUGAAUAUGGCAUGCCCAUUCUCAGCCCAAGUCAGCGUGUCCAGAAUGCACUCGAACAGCUUAGGAAAAAGAACUUGGAAAAGUUUAAGCUCAUCACGCAGCAGAAUCAGGCCGUGUUGUCACAAAUUUCUGGACUUGACAUGACCCAGUUGACACAAUCGUGUCACCCAUCCUCGCCAGUACUUCAGCCCGACGCCGAGUUACAAGAACCAGUGAAGGUGAAAAAGGGGAAGAAAAAAUCCGUCAAGUUUGAUGAGAGUGUUAUUGCAACUAACAAUAAGUUAAAGGAAUCAAAUAGCAGGGACACCAUACUGCCUCGAGAUAGUACCACAUCCUUCAAACCGCUUGCUAUGGACAUGCGAGAAGAACGGAGAAGAAUUCGAACCUUGGCUUCUAGAAAAAGAGCUCUUGGUGUGUUUGGAAUUACAGAUACGAUACGCCAAGUCGUAGAACAUGCUGCCUCAAUGAAUCCAACACAAUCUCCUGAAAACGAAACAUAAGUCAUCAUCACCGAGGGAUGGAUAGCGAAGGGAAAAAGUAAUGAUGAUGAAGUUAAUUAAUGACUAAUUAAUCAUCUCUGUAUGAAACCUUGUGGGCCCAAAUUAUCGUGUUUAAUAAUUAAACCAGUGUUAAGAUGAGAUUUUACUGUUUUUUUUUCUGGAGAAUGGUGGAAGGGGAUCACCAUGAAAGACUUGCACAAUGCGUUACAUAACGAAGGAUAGCAGUCAAACUCAUGAAUCAUUGUCCAUUUUUCUGCAUAUGCGAAUCGUUACGUGACAAUCAAUCAAAUACC